AUGCCUCAACAUAUCCUCAAUGUGGCGUAUUCGCUGCUCAUUCUUACUUACUCCGGCGUUGUCACACAAGAGGGUUGUUUCAUGCGCUUCAAGGGGUUCAGGAGUGGGUAUAUCGAGUUUGUGUGCACCAACGAGGGACAGGACAACACUCAAGGCGCGGAGGCCCUUACUCUUCGCGCGCGAACUUACAAAGGAUACAUUCCGGAGGAAGAGGAUCUCAUGCGCUUCGAACGGUUCCAGGACGGCUAUCUCUUGUUCGUUCGUCCUGAAGGAAACGCAGAAGGGAACGUUGAUGCACCGAAUGGCCGAACGCCCAACGUCCAACCCGAAGUCUCGAAGGUCAUGAAGGAAGGUCUGAAUCUGUCUACGCAACAAGCCGCCCCGCAGAACGUGCUUGGUGCUUCUGUAGACUGCGCCAUCGAACUCACGGACACGGACACCGACGACGAAGAUGACGAUGUUUCGCCCUUUCGUCGGCUCGUUUCUGUCAAGCCCUCGGGUGGUCAGGUUGGUUUCAUCCAUGCCAAACCUGCUGUCGGUCGGGCUGCAUCUUCGGCGUCAACAUCGCAGACGCAGCACGGACGUGCUUCCAGGGCAUCCACACGCCCUCUCCCAACUCGACCGUCGAAAGACGAGAAAUUUGAUAUGGCGCUAUACAUCUUCAGCGAAGAUCCCAUGACCGAUUUCACGCAUCCCGAGGCGUGGGUAGAGUUCCGCAAGAUCAAAUACCACAAUAGACGCGUGACGACGAGCUGGGUGAGUGUGUACCAGCAUAACAGAGAAGAGAUCGAGGAGAGAAUUUACGACAUAGGCCGAGCGAAGAAACGGGCCGCUCGUAAGACUGUGCGGGCUAGUACCGCCCGGUUGUUGUCGGCGAGGGAUACAUAA